AUGGCGCCCUCUUAUUGCCAACCGGGCUGCUGGCUGGAUGCGUGGGGGGCACUUGCUGCUGGAGAGGGGAACGGCACAGGGGGGCAGACCACCCGGGCAGACCACCCGGGCAGACCACCCGGGCAGACCACCCGGGGCAUCAGGCCCGGGUGUUGGAUGGAGCACAUGCUGCUGGACAACGAGACAGGCCUGGACCCGCCAGGCAUUCGCGUGCGGCCCGUGUCAGGGCUGGUAGCUGCGGAUUAUUUCUUACCCGGUUACUUUGUCUGGGCGGUCAUCAUCGAGCAGCUCGCCAAGAUCGGCUACGAGGAGAGGAACAUGUUCAUGGCCGCUUAUGACUGGCGCCUCUCCUUCUACAACACACAGAAGAGGGAUCAAACGCUCAGUCGCCUCAAGGCCACCAUUGAAAUGCUCGUGCAGACCAACGAGGGCAAGAAAGCCGUGGUGGUGCCCCACUCCAUGGGAGUGCUCUAUUUCCUCUUCUUUAUGAAGUGGGUUGAAGCACCAGCGCCCCUGGGAGGCGGAGGGGGCCCGCGGUGGGUACACGAUCACAUCAGGGCGGUUUUCAACAUCGGAGGGCCGCUCCUUGGCGCACCCAAGGCGUUCACUGGUCUUUUCUCUGCAGAAGCCAAGGAUGUAGCGGCUAUCAGGGCGCUGGACCCAGGGGUGUUUGACAGCCUGCAGGCGCUGCAGCAUGUGAUGCGGGUGUCACGCACGUGGGACUCCACCAUGAGCAUGCUGCCCAAGGGAGGGGAGGUUGUCUGGGGCAACGCCACGUGGGCGCCUGAGGACUCGUUCAACUGCUCCAAGGCCCGCGCGAAGCAGCUGCAGCUGCAGCAGCAGCAGGCGGGGGAGAGUGGGAAUAGCUCCAAGGCAGGGGGGGAGGGUAAGGGGUUGGGAGUGGAGGGUUUUUUACGCACUCUGAUGGCUGAGGGUGCCUCUUCCUCUGCCUUCUCAGCCUCUUCCUCCUCUUCCUCCUCUUCCUCCUCUUCCUCCUCCUCCUCCUCUUCCUCCUCUUCCUCCUCUUCCUCCUCUGCCUCUCCUGCUUCCUCCCUGGCUACUGGCGCUCACUCGAAGGGGUUUGGUGAUGGCGUGGGCAGUGAGGAGGGUGGAGGUGGGAAUGGGGGUGACGGGGAUGACGCGAAGAUACACACGAGGAGCUACGAUCUUGAGACAAGCGAGCGGCGGGCAUGGUUUGGACGCAUGGUAUCCUUUGGAGCAGCAUCAGCCACGCUCUCAGAAUCCCUGGUGUGCCCCUCAGGCGCCAAGGCAGCAGCCAGGGCAGCAGCAGCCACGUGCCCUGCCGCCUCCACGUGCCCAGCCACUCGGCGCAAGCAGUGGCAGCGGCAGCUGGAGGAAACCGUGUUUCAGCACCUGCACUCACGCAACAAGUCAUGCGGCGACGUGUGGACGGAAUACCAUGACAUGAGCUGGCACGCACUCAAGGACAUUGCUAACUGCCCCUUCUACACCGCGGGGGAUGAGAGCGACGGCCCUUCUGGGGGCAUUCUGGGGCUGCUGCGACAGGUGGCGCCCAAGACGAUGGCACGCGCGGAUGAGAACUGGAGCUAUGGGAUCGCAGAGGACUUGAGCGAGAGGAAAUAUGCGGAGGAGCCGAAAUACUGGGCGAACCCUCUGGAGACCAGCCUGCCCGAUGCCCCGGAGAUGGAGGUGUACUGCGCGUAUGGCACGGGGCUGCUCACAGAGAGGGCGUACGUGUACCGCCUCUCCCCCUCCAACGACACCUGCCUCAUCCCCUUCCGCAUUGACGCCUCUGCCAACGGGCCGCCCGGCCAGGCGGGGGACUGUCUAACAGAGGGGGCAUACUUCACGGACGGCGACGAGACAGCGCCCGUGCUCUCCAUGGGGCUGCCGUGUGCCAAGCUGUGGCGCGGCCGCACGCGCUUCAACCCCGCCGCCUCGCCCACCUUCCUGAGGGAGUACGAGCACCGCCCCACCUCGGGGCUGCUGGCGGGCAGGAGCACGCAGAGCGGCAGCCACGUGGACAUCAUGGGUAACUUUGCACUCAUUGAGGAUAUUCUGCGGGUUGCCGCUGGUGCUACGGGGGUGGAGAUUGGCGGGGAUCAGAUUUAUUCGGAUAUAUUGCAUUGGGCGGAAAGGCUCGUGCACCUCCGCUCGCUCGCGAUCGCCGAUUGGUCGGUGUUAAUCUCUCCAGAACUCAAGAAUCUGUCUUCUCUCACCGCGCUCUCCCUUAACUCGAGGACCUGGGACCUACAGGAUUUCGAAAACCUCUCUUCUCUCCCAAGCCUCACAUCUCUUUCCGUGUCGGAAGAGCUCAUUCAUUCGCGAGUGUUACCGCCUUCGCGUCCGUUUUCGUUCGCGCAUCUGCCGUCGCUCAAGUCGCUGGAAAUGGAAGGCGAAUGUCCACCGUUCGAUGUCAUGUUCCCCUCAGAUUCGCCCUGCACCCUCCUGGAACGCCUCACGCUCAGCCAGUGCGAUGAGCUCGCCUCGCUCCCGAACGAUCUUGAAGACCGCUUGCCAUGUCUCCGCGAGCUGACCAUCAGCGAAUGCAGAUCGUUCUUCGAGCAACCCCAGCAGCUCACCUCCCUGACCAACCUCCGCCACUUGAAGCUUUCGGACUGCAGCUUCGCCGGUCUGCCUCACGAUCUCGGCGAGCUCUCCGCGCUGAAAACGCUCGUGCUGCACGAACUCAAUGUCGACCUCCCUGCCUCGUGCAGCCAGCUCAAGGCUCUAGAGACGCUGUUAGUCACAGACUGCGCACACCUACGCGAGUUACCAGAGGGGUUUGGCGCUCUCACUGCGCUCAAAACCCUGUGCCUUGCAGGCUCACCUCCUCUGAUCCUUCCUGACGACAUUGGACAACUCACCAACCUCCAGACUUUCUUUUUGAAAUCGUACCAGCAACACCAUCUGCUUCCCUCCUCCUUCACCCACCUGGCGUCACUGACAAGGCUUGAGCUUCAGGACUGCGCGUUGGCAGAGCUCCCAGAGGCCAUGGGGGAGCUGAGGUGCCUGCGCGAGCUCUACAUCCAAUCCUGCUCGCACCUCCACAAGCUUCCAGACUCCGUUUCAGCCCUCCUGGGCCUUGAAAUUCUCAAGGUUGACAGCUGCAGCAGCCUGUUUUCAGUGCCUAAGAAUCUUGUGAAUCUGGGAAGGCUGACGCAGUUGGAGCUGACCGGCUGUGGAUUGCUGAGGAAAGCGCCAGAGUUCUUGCCAGGCUCGCUAGAAGCUCUCAGCGUGGGGAGUUCGCAUCAGGUCACCCGUCUGCCAGGCGCCUAUCAUCUUCCAUUCUUGAGGCAAGCGAGCCUACAAAUGGUGAUCUUCCCCGCUGCACUCUCCAGAAGCCUUUCCUCUCUGGAGCAGUUGAAGCUGUACCUGGCUUGGGAGGAGGAGUUCCCAUUUCCAUUAAUUGCUUUUCCUCACCUCCGCACGUUGUCAAUCCUUAGCACAGGAGUCAUGAGGCUUCCAGAUUUUUCUAGCUCUACAUUGCAGGAGCUGCGUCAGCUGGAAAUACUCCUGCCUGAGUUGACAGAACUCCCACCGACCGUUGCAGCCCUCCAGAAGCUCACAUACAUGGAGAUUAGGUCCCCCAAGCUGCCCUCACUUCCUGAUUCACUCAUGGCGCUCACCAGGUUACGCAAGCUGAUUCUGAGCAACUCCCAAUCUCUCACUCACCUCCCUGCGUCCCUCACCCAGCUCUCCUGCCUCUGUGAGCUAAGGGUCCACCACGGCUCCAUGACUUCUCUUCCUUUUGACUUUUCUCGCCUUAGCAGGCUGCAGAUUCUGGAUUUGGAGGAUUGCAAAGAGCUGGAGGCUCUGCCUGAAGAUCUGGGGGAGCUGAAGCUGCUGGUGACUUUGAACACUAGUGGGUGUGUCAAGUUGUACGAUGAAGAUGGAAAGCGUCGACUUCCUGAGGGGUGUUCGUAUCGGUGGAGGUAG